AUGGCUGAAAGUUUGACGCGAAGUGGAGGUCAGAUUCCCGUUCGUUUGAAGGGCCAGUCUACUUGUGUUUAUCAUCAUGGGAAAUCACUGGAUCUGUUUUGCGGAACAUGUCAAGAGAUUGCCUGUGUUGACUGUACGUCUUCGACACACAAUGGCCACACCUUUGUGACACUGAGUAAAUAUUCCACGAGGAAGAAAGCAAAACUUAAAAAGUUGAUAAUAAAAAAAGAAACGAAAGAAAUUCCUUCGAUAAAGGAAAGUAUCAGAAUUAUUGAUGCCAACAUCAACGAAACCGACACCACGUUCACUUCCAUCGCUUCAGAAAUUGUAAAACAGAAGGAUCGACUAAAACGAAAGGUGGAUGCACUCGCAGAUCAAACACUUGCUGUUUAUGAAAAACUUAAAGUAGAAAACAUGAUUUUGUUAGAAAACUAUAAAGAAGAACAUGAAAAACGACACGCAGUGCUGAAAAAACAGGUACAGGAAUGCCGGACACUGGUUCAAACUAAGGAGGAUAUCACCUUGUAUGAUGGUGCUAUCGAUUUUGAGCCUCCGGUAAUAUUGCCUCCAAUGCCAGUGCUAAAUACAGCUAGCUUUUCCCCUAAUCUGAUGCCACUUGACCUCCUCAAACACGCGUUCGGUAAAGUGACAAAAGGCGACAGUAAAAGCAAUACCCCUGUGGAGAAAGUCUCAGAAGUUCCAAAGAACAAGGGAGAAACUUCAACACAUUUAGUAUUGCAGGCAGAACAAAAAGAUAACAUUUCUGAUACGACGCAGCUAAAAUCUACUAAACCUCCUUCGGCUGUGAAAGAAGAAUUUACUCCUUUUAGCCGACAUGAAAAGGAAGAUUCUGUCCUACCUCCGGAAACCGAAUCUGCUGUGUUUCCCGAAAGACUUAAUCAAAAGGCAAGAAGGAAGAAUAAGAAGAAUAAUCCUAGACAAACGCCACCACCGCAACGCCCACAAGACACGGAAAACGUAAUUAUAAUGCCAAUCUUAGCGCGGAUGAAAAAUGGUGAUAUGUGGAUAGCGGACGGUUAUAGAAAAGCCUUAGUACGUGUUGGCAAAACAGGCAUAGAGAAGGAAAUCAUACAACACACAAGACGAAUCACAGACCAUUCCUUCUCCAGUGAAAACCAGGAACUAUGGAUUUGUUCCACGGACGAUAAUAGUGUCAUGAAUGUGACUUCUGUAUCGACGACCUCCAGGUUCAACACCGCUGAGUCUCCUUUGUGUAUAUGCGCAACAAUGGAUGGCCACAUCAUCGUCGGCAUGUCAAACCAAAUAACAAAGUUCAACAGCCAGGGGGACGUCAUCGUCACCACUAAACAUAGCAUUUUCUCGAUAUUCAGCCGACAAAUUGUUUGUGUACCAGGGUUUAUUGUAGAAUGUCGGAUGACGAAAAAUAUCGCAGUGAGUGACACAGCGUCAAUGAAUGUACUAGUGAUGGACAAAACGUUUCAUGAGUUAUUUCGAUAUCCUGGACAUCAGCCGGAACAUCUCCACCAUCUCAUAUCGGUAGAUCAAUUUCUUCCUACAUGGAUUACUUAUAGUCCGGAUGGGUGCAUGUUCAUAAGAGACAUUGGAAACAACGUUGUGCAUCACAUCGGUGGAAACGGCGAAUUUUAUAAAUUGCUUGUGAAGAAAUGA